GCGACUAUUUUAAAAGAUGUCAAAAUGGACCUCGACCUGUUUCACCUACUCAUUAAUCGGUCUCUUAUUGACCUAAAUGGCUUGGGAUUUGAUGCAGCGAAACACCCAUUAAAAGUAUACAAAACGAUACAACGCAUGAUCAACAUUCUCCCCCCAUUAAUUAACUCAACUGAGUACACUAAUGACAUGCAGGAAAUUAAAAAAAUUGUAAGGGUUCAAAAAAGACUCCCCAAAGAUUCUGAUCUGGAAACCUCAGCUUGUGUGUGUUACGACUCAAUCAAAUAUUUCAGCUGCCAUUUUCAGAUAUGUUUUAGUUUCUUAAAGGAAAACUUGGGAAUAUGGAAACAAAUUGCGUCUUGUCUCCUCAAGAUCUUGUAAAAUUGGGAAACGUUGCCUUUUCUGACGAGUCAUAUGCGCAAGCCGUCGAUGCGUUUGUGGCAGCAAAAUCGAAUAUGAGGAACGGAAGCUUAUUAGAACGAGCAAUCAAAUAUCACGACAUAAAACUUGACAAAAUUAAAAGCUUAAUUUCAUACAAUGAUAUUCAUGUCGAUUCCGGUUUGUUACUAUUUGACGCCUUCCUUCACAACAUGACUCACCCCAAUUUUAUAAACAGGAUCCCUUUAAAGUUAGAAACCAUGUUCCCUGACCCACCUGCUGAUACAGACGUUUGUGGUGGCAUAAAAUAUGAAGCCAUACAAAAUGGUUACAUAUUCGAAAAGUUAUGCAGAGGAGAAGACGUGAAAACUCGGAAAGACAAGAUGCACUUGAAAUGUUAUUAUUCUUCAAAAUCCCACCCUGAAUUUAUUCUUAAACCGCUCAAGAUUGAAGUUCACAAUAAAAAUCCACUGUUAAUCCAAUACCACAACAUUUUAAGUGAGCAGGAUAUGCAGCAGUAUCGAGAUCAAGUGAAUAAAGACAUGAAAAUAAGUAAAACGACGCCAUCAAUUCGGUCGCAGGAGAAUAAGAAGACGCCUCGAAUAAGUCGACAGAGAACGUCGUCUGGUGGGUGGAUUCAGGACUCCUCUUCAAAAACUUUUCCAACAUUUAACAAACUACUCCACAAAAUUGGACGCAUUUUACAAGUUGAUAUUUCUAAAGAAACGGGGUCGGAAAUGAUGCAGAUUGCUGCUUAUAGCCCUGGUGCCCAUUAUGCACCUCACACCGAUGCGAUAUUUGAGUAUAAGGCUGAAGAAAGGCUGGAACCUUUUGACCUUUUGAGUGGAGAUCGCAUCAUGACGUUUAUGAUUUAUCUCUCUGACGUGGAAGAAGGAGGAACAGCGUUUCCAAUUCUCAAAACAUUAGUUCAUCCCUCAAAGGGUUCCGCCUUGAUGUGGUACAAUGUCCAACCGGAUGUUGAAACCAUUGACCGUAGAACACUUCAUGGAGGGUGUAGCGUUUUGUAUGGAGUUAAAUGGAUUGCAAACAAGUGGAUUCGGAGCAAGGACCAAUUUCAGACGCUAAAAUGCCCAGCUUCAAAACAAUUCAUGGAAUCUUGGCCAUUGGAAAUGCAUAUUGAUAUGGAAUAACAAAUGAAUGGAUGUUAAUUAGUAUAAUUUGCUCCACAUGUGUUUGAUUAUAAUAAGUAAAGUACAAGUGUCAUUGUCUUUGCAUAAUAUUUACAGCGUUUGUAUUGUAAACAUAUA